AAUCUUACGUGACUUGUACCACCAUUCGCGGUAACAAGUCUUCCGGGCAAGUCCUAAAAGUAGCUCGGAUGCGUCCUGUGAGGUAUUUUAAUAUUUUUCACUUGUGAUGUGGACCGCUUUGCCUGACAUGCUCUACACCAGGAGGUAACAGUGUGACUCACGCUUGCACGGGAACGAAUAAAACGGUGGAGCCGCUCGGCGAAUAUCAGCAAAUCACACGUGUCCUCUUCAAAGGUCACCGCGGAUGGAAUUUAGGCUGCCGUUAUUUGCUCCAAUCUUUGCUCGGAGUGUAUGCACACCUGUCCUGACCUGGCUCUGUUGUGAUCGUGGAUAUUUUGCUGUUUCCCAGUAACUGGAUUUGCUUUAUAAGCGAAUGUGACUGUUGAGCUGAGGUGAAAUAAGAGCCGUGACAGCGCGCUUUGGUCCUUGGUCUUCAGCCCCCGUCUCGGUAGAGCGAUGGCGGCGCCGACGGCUCCUUCCUCCUCCUCCUCCUGCGGCGGCGAGCCCAACCCCAGCACGACAAAUUUACGGCCACCUGCGUCAAGCUAUGACUGGAGUGGGGUUGCACACGGAUGUACGAGAAAGCUCGGGAUGAAGAUAUGUGGAUUUUUGCAGAAGAACAACAAUAUUGAUGAAAAGAGUCGGAUUGUGGCUUCUCUGAAUGAACAGGCAUCACCACAGAAGCACGGUUUACAGGAUUCACACUUCAGGCGUACUGAGACAGACUUCUCCAACCUGUAUGCCAGGGAUUUACUGCCUGCCAAGAAUGGUGAAGAGCCAACAAUCCAGUUCCUUCUGGAAGUGGUGGAAAUCCUCACAAUCUAUGUACGGAAGACAUUUGACAGAUCCACAAAAGUGCUGGACUUCCAUCAUCCACACCAGCUUCUGGAGGGCAUUGAGGGCUUUAACUUGGAACUCUCAGAUCAACCCGAGAGCCUGGAGCAGAUCCUAGUAGACUGCAGAGACACACUGAAAUAUGGCGUCAGGACAGGUCAUCCCAGGUUUUUCAACCAGCUGUCUACAGGGCUGGAUAUCAUUGGCUUGGUUGGGGAAUGGCUCACCUCAACCGCAAACACUAACAUGUUCACAUAUGAAAUUGCUCCAGUAUUUGUGUUGAUGGAACAGCUGACUCUUAAAAAAAUGAGGGAAAUUGUCGGCUGGCCAAACGGAGAAGGAGAUGGAAUAUUCUCACCAGGAGGAGCAAUCUCCAACAUGUACAGUGUGAUGAUAGCUCGCUAUAAACAUUUCCCUGAGGUGAAAAUUAAAGGAAUGACCUCAGCCCCCAGGCUUGUGCUGUUCACAUCUGAGCAUAGUCAUUACUCCAUAAAGAAAGCCAGUGCAGUUCUUGGCUUUGGGACAGAGAACCUGAUUCUGCUGAGUACAGAUGAAAGAGGUAGAGUCAUUCCUGCUGAUUUGGAGGCCAAGGUUGUUGAUGCUAAACGCAAAGGCUAUGUUCCAUUUUUUGUGAGUGCCACAGCCGGUACUACAGUUUACGGUGCUUUCGACCCCAUCAACGAGAUUGCAGAUAUCUGUGAGAAAUAUAACAUGUGGCUCCAUGUGGAUGGAGCAUGGGGAGGUGGGCUGCUGAUGUCCAGAAAGCACAGACACAAACUUAAUGGCAUUGAGAGGGCAAAUUCUGUCACAUGGAAUCCGCACAAGAUGAUGGGCGUUCCACUACAGUGCUCUGCCAUUCUGGUCAGAGAGAAGGGACUUCUUCAGGGUUGCAACUCAAUGUGUGCUGGCUAUCUUUUCCAACCUGAUAAACAAUAUGAUGUCUCCUAUGAUACUGGAGACAAGGCCAUACAGUGUGGCCGGCAUGUGGACAUCUUCAAAUUCUGGCUCAUGUGGAAGGCAAAGGGUACCAUUGGAUUCGAAAAGCACAUAGACCAGUGUCUGGAUCUUUCUGAGUAUCUCUAUACAAAGAUCGAAAACAGAGAAGGCUAUGAGAUGGUGUUCCAAGGACAGCCUCAGCAUACUAAUGUGUGCUUCUGGUAUAUUCCACCGAGUCUGCGUGGCAUGCCGGAUGAUGAGCAAAGGAGGCAGAGACUCCAUAAGGUGGCUCCUAAAAUCAAGGCAAUGAUGAUGGAGUGUGGCUCAACAAUGGUGGGCUACCAGCCUCAGGGUGACAAGGUAAACUUCUUCAGGAUGGUCAUUUCCAAUCCUGCUGCUACUAGGUCAGAUAUCGACUUCCUGAUCGAUGAGAUUGAAAGACUGGGCCUGGAUUUAUAAAAAUGUGCAAUGAUAAUUGUCAGUAUUUAUUGAACAGUAUGCACAAAACCCAAAUAAUUUCACAACGCAUUAGAUUGAUUGUAACCCUGUACCACAACUUUCAGUUUUACAGUCUUUCCUUCGCUCAAAUUAUAUGAAGUAAUCCAGCUUGGGAUCAUGGGUCAAUAUGUGGGUCAUAUGAUUUUCUUGAUAACCUUAUGAAGGUCACAUUUUCAUAAAACAGCAGAAACAAUGCCAACGAUGAUCCAUAAUGCUGACAGUGUUUUAGGCUUAACAUAGUAUUAACACUGAAUUAAGAGUUUCUGGAAUGUUUCAUGAUGGAGCUGUCAGGUGAUAUGAAGGCUUGUGAUGUGAGGGUAUAGCUACUGUAAUAUACUGGAAGAUAACAGCAUCUGAAAAUCAUGAAAAUCUUAAUUCAGUGGCAUGUCCUUAUUCAAGGUGAUCCUCACAUGACCUCUUCAUUCUCUCCUCAUGCUAUCAGUUAUGUAAAAUAUAUUUAAUGAUGUUAUAUAAUCAACUACUGCACAUUCAUUUCAGAUUGCGCUGCAACAAUAUAUAUUAUAAGAAGAAUUCAAGUAAUCAAAGUCAAAUAAUUGUUGGUUCUUAGUGUUGUCAAUGUGACUGAAUUUCACUGCAUAUUGUAGCUAAUAUGAAGAAUAACUGGAAAAUAAUGCAUCUAUUACUAUCAUAAUAGGCACACACACACACAUUAUAUAUAUAUGUAUAU